GCCGACCGGAGGUGGAGUCUGAAGGUGGGGAGGGAGAAGAAAGGGGAGAGGAGGAAAACGGGGAAAGGCAGAUCACAGAAACGGGGGGAGGACAGUGGAAGAAUUACGCGUUUAAAGUUGCAUUACAACAAAUCUAAGCAUUGCGGCGAAGAGGAAUAAAACAAGAUGAUAACGCCCUACUUCCUGGAGAAUUUCUGGGGUGAAAAAAAUAAUGGCUUUGACGUGCUCUACCAUAACAUGAAGCAUGGCCAAAUUUCCUCCAAGGAACUGACAGACUUCAUCAGAGAAAGGAGUACUAUUGAAGAGGCAUAUGCCAGGUCAAUGACCAAACUUGCCAAGUCAGCCGGCAACUUUUCUCAGCUUGGGACUUUUGCUCCAGUUUGGGAUGUCUUCAAGAGCUCAACAGAGAAGCUGGCAAGCUGUCACAUGGAGCUUGUAAGGAAGCUUCAGGAACUUAUAAAAGAGGUUCAGAAAUAUGUGGAGGAACAAGCCAAAGCACACAAAAAGACAAAAGAAGAGGUGGCGUCCACCCUAGAAGCUGUCCAGAAUAUCCAGACCAUCUCGCAGGCUCUGCAGAAGUCCAAGGAGAACUACAAUGCCAAAACUGUGGAGCAGGAGCGCCUCCGCAAAGAAGGGGCCACCCAGAGAGAUGUAGACAAGGCGGGAGUGAAAGCCAAAAAAGCCACAGAGAGCUACAAGUCAUAUGUGGAGAAAUACGCCACAGCUAAGUCAGAGUUUGAGCAGAAGAUGGCAGAAACUGCACAGAAAUUCCAGGACAUUGAAGAAAGCCACAUUCUCCACAUGAAGGAGAUCAUUCAGUCGUACUCACAGUCUGUGGAUGAGACGCACAGUCAGAUUGGAGAGGUCCACAAUGAAUUCGUGAGAAACGUGGAGAACACCUCAGUGGAGAGUUUAAUACAGAAACUGGCCGAGAGCAAAGGAACGGGAAAAGAAAGACCAGGACCCAUUGAGUUUGAGGAGUGCAAUACAGCAAUUGCUACUGAAGGUGCCAAACCCAGAAAGAGAAAACCAUUUGGAAUCCCAGGUCGAAGAAAAGACAAGGAUACGGACUCUACGGAAUCGACAGAGGUUGAAGCUGCUAACACUGCCAAUGGCGCUCCCCCUGGAUAUUAUGGGGCCAUAGACAUCCAGAAUGCUAACACCCCCCAAGUUGACGCAGAGGGCUUCUGUAUCAGACCAGAAGUAAAUGAAAAUGAUGCCAAAGAGAAUUCCUUCUAUUCAUCCAGCGACUCAGAGGAUGAGGAUGAGCCCAGGAAGUUCCACGUCGAAAUCAAGCCGGUUCAACCCAACAACGGCACGCAUCAGAACCGAGCCACCAUCGACGAGCUCAAAGCCUCCAUCGGAAACAUCAUCCUGUCGCCCUCGACCUCGGGACAGAUGAGGAGGAACCAGUCCAGGAGCACAGGAGUACCUACAUUAAGCUCUAAGGCCGGUCGUGGUGAUGAACUGGCAAAAAGCAGAGUGCCAACAUCAUAUGAAUUGACCAACAAUGAUCUUCUGUCUCUGGACCCGUUCAGUCCUACUGUCACGGCAGGUUCUUCGUCAUCUGUGUCUUCGUCAACAGACCUUGCCAUUAUUUUCCUCUCAAUCCCUCCGUCUCCAUCUUUUCUGAUGAAUGAGUCAGACGUCUUUCUACCAGAGGCAUCAGCGGAGACGGUGCUACACCGGGAGGGCUCUCCUCCCCUGGCAGAGAGCCAGCAAUCCAAAGAUGUCUCCUCUUUCUCUUCGUCCACUUCCUCUCCCUGGGACUCACCAGAAAACCCUUCGCAAGCACUCAAACCUGUACCAGCGAGAGCCCAGAGUGCCCCCAUCACCCUGCCGACUGAGCCAGUUGACCCCAUCAAGAGCCCCUCUGCCGCCAGCCCUCCAAAGAGCGUAGACGCCUUCUCCUCCGUGUCAUGGUCUCAGAGUCAGUGGAUCGCCUUCAAUGACAAUUUUGCUCCACCUCGGCGUCACGGCUCGGGGUCGUCAGUGAAGGAGCUCCAGAGGCCCCAGCCCAGCUCUGGCAGGUCAAGUCGUUUCCUCUCUGAUGACUAUGCUGAUGCUUACGGCCAGACAGCGUUCAGCAGAGAGGACUGCACCCCCUGUUUCUCUGAUGUCUUCUCCGGGGUUACAGAUAGGGCAGUGGCAGCAGCUCCAUCAAACAAAAUAUUUAAUGUGCCUGUACCAAACAGACCCACAACCCCUCUGACCGCCGGAGCCCUCGUGCCCCCACCACGUCCCUCUUCCAGGCCUAAACUCCCCACCGGAAAACUCACAGGAAUCAAUGAGAUUGUACGGCCAUUCAGUCCACCCAAGACCUCUAAUGCCAGCCCACCUCCCACUGCACCACUCGCACGGGCAGAGAGUUCCUCCUCUUUAUCCUCAAAUGCCUCACUCAGCGCUGGCAACACCCCCACUGUUGAGGAUGAUUUGUUCAUAGCGAAGCUGCCUACCUUUGAGAAGCGUUGUGAAACACCAGCAGGGACGUCUCGCGGUCCCAGCCCUGUGACCCUGGCAUCCCAAGAUGCUUUGCCCAUUGCUGUGGCCUUCACAGAGUCUGUUAAUGCUUACUUCAAAGGAGCUGAUCCCACUAAGUGCAUUGUGAAGAUCACAGGGGACAUGACGCUGUCAUUCCCCAUGGGCAUCAUCAAGGUGUUUACUUCCAACCCCACCCCACCUGUACUCACCUUCAAACUGAAGAACACCAGCAGGUUGGAGCAGAUCCUCCCCAACCAGCAGUUACUAUACAGUGAUCCUUCCCAAAGCGACUCAGAUUCCAAGGACUUUUGGUUCAACAUGCAAGCACUGACGUCCUACCUCAGAAAAGCCUCAGACCAGAAUCCGUCAUCUUCCUAUUAUAAUGUGGACAUCCUAAAAUACCAGGUGCUGUCCGAUGGGAUCCAUUCCACUCCUCUCAACCUGGCCGUGUACUGGAAGUGUACACCAAGUACUACAGACCUGCGGCUGGACUACCGCUACAACCCAGACUCCAUGGCAUCCCCCGGGGCCCUCACCAACGUCCAGAUAUUGGUGCCCGUCGACGGAGGAGUCACCAACAUGCAGUCUCUGCCCAGCUCUAUCUGGAAUUCGGAGCAGAAUAAGUGUUUGUGGAAGCUGAAUGAUAUCUCAGAAAAGUCAGAAAAUGAAGGUUCUGGGUCUCUGAGGGCCAAGUUUGAUUUGUCAAAUGGUCCGUCAAGCCCUUCCACUCUGGCCGUGCAGUUUAUGAAUGAGGGGUCCACGCUGUCAGGAGUGGACAUGGAGCUGCAGGGGUCUGGAUUCAGACUGUCUCUGAACAAGAAGAGAUUUGCUACAGGACGCUAUAUGGCAGAUUGCUGAGGUGACCCGCCACUCUGGUUUUUCAAGAAAGACAAAAAAAAAAAUCUCGCUUGAAGCAAAAGUUGGAGACUUUGCAAAGCCUCUUGAACCUCCGAAUCCAUCCGAGCACAGUUGUACUUUUGCCCUGAAAGUGGGAAUCUCACUACAAUAAAGCAGCACUGAGUAAUGAACACUGUUUAAAAGUAAAAAAAAAAAAAAAAGAAAAGAAAUAAAAGAAAACUAAGAUGAGCUUCAGGAAAUGUGUAGAUAUGAAGUCUAAUGAUGCUUUCUGAUCAGUUCACUUUUGUAUAGUCAGAAACAGUUUAUGGAUUAGAUAUAAAUCUAUAUUGUAUUUGAAAUCAUAAAAAAGAAAAAAUGUGCACUAACAAUCCUGUCCAUUUUCAGACGCUCUUUUCCUCACAUUCAUUUAAGAUAAAACUAUUUUCGCAUGGAAGAAAAUCGGUCAUGCGGUUUCUCCCUCUCUGAACUGUAAAUAUUAACGCUGAAUACACUGCUCGACUAAACGCUAAAAUCAGUUUACUGAUUUUUUUUCUGUGUCCGCUGAUUUUUUUUUUUUUUUUUUCGAUCAUGUGCAAUGAAGCAACGAAGAUAGAACCUGUCUUAAACAAUAUGAAUCCUCUUUUACACACUUGUGGCACAAGUUCUUUAAAAAAAAAAAAGUGCUUUCAAACUAAUGCAAAAAAAAAAAAAUCUGACCUCAGUGCCUCCUCUUAUACUGUGGAUCAAUAGGCAGCAAAAAGUGCAUCGAUGUUUUACCCACAGUCGGGUUUCCAGAUUUAAGCUACAUUUCUCUGUGGUAAAAAUAUAUGGAGUUUUUAAACAAUCACCCAUAAUGGGCUUUGUGAUCAAUGUGGUCUUUUUAAAAAUGUAAGUUUUUCCUCCUUGUAAAUGCCCUUUUCAUACAUUUGUAAGACUUUUGUUCUUCAUAUAAAUUCACUCACUGUGAAUCAUUGUGUCAAAUGGUAGAUGCUUUAAAAAAAAACCAAGGGACAUUACUCCAGACUGCACUUGCAGCCUUUUUUUUUUUUUUUUUAAUUGGCAGUGUUUUUUUGUUUUUUUUUUACACAUUUGUGCCCUGUGAAGAGAGAAAUGUGCCUGAAUCUAACUUUUCUCUAGUCAUGUUUUGUAUUCUACAGCACAGUUAAUGAGAAUAGCACCGACAUUGUGCCAGUUGAGUUUUGUACUCCUUUAUUUGGAUAUUGAAGGGAAAACGCCUCCUCUUUAUACGACCCCACUGUCUUCCAAAAAUCAGUGAGUCGUGUUUGUCUUCUGUGCUUUGUUUAAUCGUCUAAAAGUUUUUUCUAGCUUUUUUUAUUCCACACUCACUGUGCAGUAGGCGACGUUGUCCAGCAACAGCAGUAGCACAAUGAGGCCAAAUCAUUCAAAUGCCUUAUCACAACUACUUGACACUGAGUAAUCCGGUGUUGUUAACAGUGGUUAGAUAUUGAUAACAGAACUGCCAUGGCCGUGUCUAACUCACCUCUUUUUUUUCCCUGUGCAUGCUGGGAUAACAAU